AAAAAAUGGAUUAAUUAGUCACCCUCUCCCUUAGAAUAUCAUAUUGUGGAAUCUCUGAGUGAAAAUAAUUAAUGAAAAGUCUUCAUCAUCUCCAGCUGAAAUAUUUUGAGUUUUUUUUAUGCAAUUGUGGACUUUUUUUAUGAAAGUCGUCAAUAUUUGUUAUGAUCCUUAAAAACUUAUUGUUAAGCCAUCAAGAUGUCUGACACUUAUAAAUGUCAUCCCUCUGCAAAUAGAGUAAGAGCGUGUGCACAUCUAUUCCUCAAACCCCAUCACUAUUUGCCAGGCCUAAAUUUGCACAAAGAGGGGACAGAGACAUUUAGCAGUUCGGAGAAAGAUUUACUUACAUUCUCCAAACCCUUUCCUUUCAAAUCAUCGUACCCAGUACCACUUUUACCUCCAAAUAGCAUUGGAAUUCCAGCUGUAAACAAGUUUGACUUGUCUCUAGCUUUAAUUAGAGAAAAGUAUAUCAGGGGAAAAAAGCUCAAAAAAGUAAAACACAGCUGCAGAUCUAGAUAUAAAAAAGAUGAUGUUUAUAAGGCCAUGGUCGAUAGAAUGCCCCUUGAUUCCAACUUGGACGAUGAUUUGAGUGGAGUCUUACCUGUCAAUAUAGCGAAACUUGCUUUGCUUUACGAAGAUGACCCUGAUCCUUACUUCAAAGGAAAAUAUAACUGGUACUAUGGUGGAACAUUGUCAGUUCAAAAAAACAAAAACAUGGAAUUUGUCACAAUAUCAGCUGCUGGGAAAGCCUUAGAUGAACUUCAUAUGAAAACUUUCAAUCCUUGUGAAAAAUUAAAAUGUGAAACAUUCGUACUAUCAGAUCAAAUGAUGAAAGGGUCACCUAUCUAUGAAGUGUCUAAACUAAGGAAGAAAAAAUUCUUGUCCAUUCGUCAAAGAAAUAUGUGUGCUUUUUUGAAGUUAUUGAAAUCCGAAAACUCCAUGAAAACCUUACUGUGUCUCGACAGUAAAGUGCCUUUUGUUGGUGUUGAUACUUCUCCAUUUUCAAAAAGUGAAGUUUGUAUGAUCAAAGCAAAUAGGAUCUUCCAAGUCUGGGAUGUCGAAGGUUCAGUGAAAGAGCCGAAAUUAAAAGGUCAAUUACCAACCAAAGUGCACUACGCGGAUAAUUGGUGCAAUUUCCGCUAUGGCAGUCAACCCAAUGAAGUUUUAGCCGCUGAUAGAAUCAACACUUUCCUUUAUGAUCUCAGGAUGGAUUUAACUAAACCUGCAAACCAGUGGAAUCCUUGGAAACAAAGCGAACUUUGCGAAGAAAUCUCUUUACUACGCUCAAGUGCAGUCAGUCCAGUUCAUUGCUAUGUUGGCACCUCUCAUCAAAUAUUUUCUCUUGACUUAAGAUCCUCAUUUUGUCAGAGAUGGACUCAUAUGUUACGAACUGCUCCAUAUAUUGCCACUUCUGUUCGAAGAGAUGACAUGGAAUUAUUACUAUUCUGUAGCCAACAUACACCCAGAGUAGAAUGUAUUAUCAACGACUGGACGUCUGUUGAGGUCCCAGUUUCUCGUGUUUUUCCUAGGAUUCUCCCCUCCAUCGCAGAUGUGUAUCAAGAGGCAAAACUAUCCAAUAUUUGUAACCAUCCAAUCGUUGAAUGCAGGUUUGACAGCUGUUUAACAGGACUGGCAUCAGUGAAGAAUGAAAAUGAUUUCGCUUUACUCAGUAACACCUCAUCAGGUGAUAUUUUUUAUCAAACCUUAAGUUUCUCAGAAGAACCUGACCAAUCCAAACCAACAUUGAAUAAAGUGGAAUUGAAGACGUUGAAACAGUUUGAGAAGAAAUGCGUCAGAAAAUUUACUAUGGAAAAGAAGACUUUACAUGUUACCAGUGAUUUUGCAGAUUUUCAUGAGGUUGCUGAAAAGUUAAAGAUGGGGGAACCGGAGGCAGAAGAAGUAAUAAAACCCACUGUGGAGCACUGUGCAGGUUGGCAAAUACCGAAGGAUUUUCUUGAGAGCUGUAAAGAUUAUCUAGCCCCAAGACUAUUAGAAAUGUGGGACAUCAAGGACCUUCCUGACUGGUCUAUUGAGCCAACUCCAGGUAAGGAACUAGAGGUGACAAGCUCAUGGCCAAAGAAACUUCCCAUCCAACAUAAAAGAAGUAUAAGAAUCCAAAAAGAGAAAAUGAACAAAGCAGAUAAACUUUUCAGGAAGGUAGGAGAGGAUGCAAAUACUGAAAUGCCAGGUAUUGGAGAUUUGACUAAAAACGUAGAGAACCCCACUGAAAAAGAAAGCGAAAACCAAAAUAAUGAGAGUGAUAACUCUGCAACUGGAGAUUCGACUAAGAAGGUAGAGACACUCACUGAAAAAGAAAGUGAAAAUCAAAAUAAUGAGAGUGAUAACUCUGCAACUGGAGAUUUGACUAAAAAGAUAGAGAAACUCACUGAAAGAGAAAGUGAAAAUCAAAAUAAUAACAGUGAUAUGUCUGCAACUAUCACCAAGAAAAAUAAUAAAUCUAAAAGGGUAUCAUUUCAUUGUGAUGAAGUAGAUGAAAGUUUUGACAAGGCCACUGUGAUUUCUAAAAUACUGGAAGAAGUCAGAAGAAGUAUGGAAAAUGGGUCGCAAGGGAAGAAGAAAACAAAGAGAAAAGAAAACAAAAAAAAUUAUACAAAUAUUGAAGUCUCAGCGAAGCAAGGAAAGCAGAAGGAACAUUUUGCCAAAAUUGCGGAGUCAGAAGAUAAAGAGGCAACAACAUCGUAUGCAGAAGAAAGAAAACGCCCUGAGAAGAUUGAAAAUGCUACGCAAAUACAGAAAUCUGUCGAAAACCUUAACAAAGGAAGACGGAAAGAGAAGAAAAUUAAGAAAAACCAAAGUUGUUUGAAUCAAGAGAAAUGUACACAAAAAGAUAAUGGGGCAAUAUCGAUGACCUCUGAUUUAGAUCAAGUGAUACUUGAUGGAGUAAACCUAAUAACUCACUCACAAGGAACAGAUAUGAUGAUUACUGAGAAAGAGAAAAAAGAGAAAAAGAGACCGAAGAAAAAAGAGAGAUACAUCAAUUCAAAAAACGACACUGGAAAGGAAAUAGUCGUAGAAGACACUAGAAAUAAUGACUUACAAAGAAUUGGAAAGGCUGGCUCGGAGCAAAAAGAGCUUAAAAAUUUAGACAGAACUUCUGAAAUGUCUGGACUCCCAUAUCAAGAAAUACCUAAUUGCUAUGAAAGUGCCUCCCAAGAAUUAAUUUUACCAAGACUGGAAAAUAUUGAUGGUCAAAGCUCGUUAAGCCAGAAGUCAGAUACCCAAAGGUCUGACCAGUCUCUUAAUGAACAGAACAAUUGUAAUCAGUUAAAUACUGUAUCUGCAAAACAAAAAGCUGAGAAAGCGAUUAGAAAAAAAGAGGAAAAGAAAAAGAAAAAUAAAAAAGAGGAAAGUGAAAGUUGUCUCUCGAGUGGCACAGACUCAAAAGACUGCGAAACAGAUCCGAAAGAAUUCAAAAAUACUGAACCUUCCCAAUUAUCAAUAACAUCUAGUCCAAAGUUGGUUGAGGAAACUGUAAGUGUUUCCAAAAACACAAGCAUACCCACCUGUGGGACUUCACCCAUGCAUAGAGAGCCCUCUCAAAAAUUAGAAGUUGGAAGUGGUGAAUUGUUCCUACCUCCUCCUGCUCGCGCUAAAGAAAGUUUGCAACAGUCACCUAGUAAACAAGAGCAAAUCAAAAUACGAUCACCAUGUGAUAAUCACCAAAGUUUGAACGCAGAUGCGAUCUGUCACCAGCAAAUGGACCAUUUUGUCAGCAGUACAGGGGUUUCCUCCAUUCCUAAUCACAGCAGGGUCUCCCCUGAUAUAUUCGAAACUACCUACAUAAUACCUGACAGGAUAACAGAUCCCUCUGCUCAUGAUAGCUCUACUACCUCAGGUUUUGAAACUGAUGAUACAAGCAAAAAAAGAAAAAAACGCUCCAAGAAAUUGAAAAAAUCACCUGAAGCAACCUCUGCAUCCUCUGGAAGUGAAUCACAAAAAAGCCAUGGUCAGAGUGCAGAAACUAGUAUUUCUCUGUUGAAAAAUAUUAAAAUAGUUUUCUCGCCUGAUGCCAAAGCUGUUCAUAAGGAGUCCUCCUCUGUAGAUGAGCCAAUCCCUGAACCAUCUUCAAACAAACUUUUGGAAAAUCACCAUUCUGAAAAAUCAGAAAUCACUGCAAAUGACAGUUUCCUUGAUCAAAAUUUCCAACUUGAUUUCAUGUUGCCUGCAGCCACAAGCACACAAACCGUGUCAGCGAACAAAAACAUGCUGGAAGAUUUUGGUCUCUCAAUGCAGACAUCUUUUCACUCUGAAAAUUUAGGAGCUCUCGGAAAUAAAUUCAAAUCUCAUGGUGGCCUGAGUGAAUUUGAUUACUCAUAUGAUGAUGAUCCGUCCAUGCAAUUGUCUAACUCUAGCUUCACGAGGAAAAGAAAAGCUUCAAUCCCUGAAAAAUCUCCGAAGAAGAAUUUACGAUUAUCACAGACUUACACUCCCGGUUUUUAAAAGUGACAGCUGAAACAUCGCUCUUUUGUUACCAAGUAAUGAAACAUUAUUUUUUGCUCAAUUUUUCAGUGGUUGAUUUUUUUAAAAUUUGCACACUGUUUUAUAUUGUGCAAAUAUGUUUAUUUUUGUAUCCAAGGCCCUAAUUGUAUACAAGAGAUUACUGUAUAGUUUUAAUUUCCAACUGUGAUUGCCUAGCUGAAAAAAUCCUUUUUAAGAUUUUAUCCUUUGAUUUUUUUUGUAAUAAAUUAUUCAUUUUGUUUUUGAAUUGA